CACCGUCGUAGUUCGCUCACUCCCCACUUCACUCGCACACUCGACUCAAGCAGUGGUGGUGGUGUGGUUCGCUCCCCACUCACUCACACUCUCUUCGUCCCUUUUCGCUCCCAAUUUCCCUACAUAUAAAUCGAGCCAAAAAUACCUUAACCCUCCCUCACUCUUCCCGGAUCUGCCGUAUCUUGCUCCGCAAAAGCCCCGGCCAGAUCUGCCAAACAUGGCGGCUCGGUCGCCGCCGAGGCCAGUGCUGCUGCUGCUCCUCCUCGCCCUCCUCUGCUGCCACAUUGCGCUCUGCUCCUCCGCCGCGCCGGCCGCCAAGCCCAAGCCCAAGCUCUCCAGCGGCCGCAAGGAGCUCGUCUCCACCGAUGACGACGAGCCGGUCAAGGCGCCCAAGGCCACCGCGGCGGCCGGCGUCAAGAAGAAGGUCGCCUCCUCUGGCGCCAAGAACCAGACCAAGGUUCUGAAAGGCAAGAAACCGGAGGAGUCCACCGCGACAACCAAGGUCACCACCAAGAAGGCGACCGGUAAAGGAGAGUCGACCACGAGCAAGAAGCCGACCGCUAAAGCGGCCGGCGAUGCGGCCAAGCCCAAGGUCCCGAAGCUGGACAAGGCGGCGGCCAAGCCCAAGAGCGCCGAUUCCGCCAAGUCCACCAAGGCGGGCGCUGCCAAGCCGGCGAAAUCUGAGGGGGGCGCCCCCAAGGCCAAGAAGCCGUCCAAUUCGACCGCGGAUUCGGCCAAGUCGAGCAAGAAACCGCAGGUUGUCGCCGACGGGAAGGCGGAUUCGACCAAGUCGAGCAAGAAAGCGAAGGCCGUCGUCGCCGACGGGAAGGUGAAGGCGAAUUCGACCGUGAGAAGCGAGGAGGCGGCGGGGGUGGAGGAGGACGUGGUGUUCGCCGAGGAGGCGGAGGGGACGGAGGACCUCAUGUCCGAGUUCCGGGGCCUCCCGGCGCGGCUGCAUCAGACGCUCAUGCCGGACCUGGCGCGGCUGUCGUACACCUCCAAGGCCUACCUGUCGGCCGCCAAUGCGGGGAUCGCCGGCGGCGUGCGGCCGGUCCUGGGGGGCCGGUGGGGCGCGGCGGCAGCCACCGCGGCGUCGGUGGCCCUGCUGCUGCUGCCCCUCUGCAUGCUCACCGCGCUGGUGCGGCGCAUGGGCCCGUACCUGCCGCUCCUCCACCGCGCGCUGCUGCUCUCGCAGGCCUACCUCGCCAUCUACUUCGGCACGCUCGCGCUCGCCGCCGCCGCCACGGGGCUGGAGCCGCUCCGCUUCUUCCACGCCGCCUCGCCCGCGGCCUACGCCUGGACGCAGGCCGCGCAGUCGCUCGGCUUCAUGGGCUACCUCGUGCUGCAGAUGGUGGACCUCGUCGCCGUCUUCUCCGGGGCCGCCUCGCCGGAGGAGGAGGAGGGCGGCGGGGACGCCACCAAGGCGCUCGGCCUGGCGCAGAUGGUGGUGGGGCUGGCCGUCGGCCUCCACUACUACGCCGCGGUGUUCCACCGCGCCGCCGCCGGCGAGGCCCCGCGCGCGAACUGGCGCGUCUACGCCGUGUACGCCGCGUGCUUCGUCAUCAUCUGCGCGUGCGCGCGAGCUGAGAAGAGGAAGAAGGCCUACCUCGCCGGCGCCGAGGAGUGGAAGAAGAGCUGAGGGAUGAAAGCUUUUUUUAGGGGCUUAUGUGCAAACAUUAAAUAUAGUGAAAGCCAAAGGGCUUGGCUAUAAGAUGGGAGGAGGGGGUAAUUAGAAGAUCAAGGAGUACAAGAGGAGAAAGGAAAACUAUUCUUGUUCUAUUUUUCUCUUUCUCAUUUUGAAUUGGUUCGAGUACAGAGGGGUUGUAAUGUCACUAUGGUGCAAAAUAAGCACUAAAUUAGUCAAACUAUUUAGAGUGAUGAUUUUUGACA